GGUGCGAACCCGCGAAGUCAAGGUUGUGGCGGUGAAGGCCGCAACGUAUUGCUGUAAUCUGUAAUAAUGGAGGAAGGCACCUUUGACUGCGAUAUGAUUCAUUCCAUUUUGAAGCGCGUUUGGACAUUGCGAGCACUUGAGCGUGAAAAUGUUGAAGCUAACGAUAAUCCCGACUCCGAGGUUCUUCGAAAAUUUCUCUCGUUUCGUUUCUAACCUUUGCGAUAUGUCGUUGGUUGAGCUGGCCGGAAUUGGAACAUCCAGGAAGAAUCGGCCAACUUCUGCUAAUGCCAAUGCUGUGAGGCUUACCAGUGAACUUCUCCGGGUUUUUAUCACAGAGGCUGUUCAACGGGCUGCUGCUAUUGCAGAAGCAGAGGGUGCUAAUCAAAUAGAAGCUAGUCAUUUGGAGAUUAUUCUUCCUCAGUUACUUUUAGAUUUCUAAAGCAUUUGAACUACUUAAAUGUAACUUCUACUUCUCCCUGUCAUCAAUGAAGUAGAAAGCUCAUUAAGGUUUGUUGGUGAGAAGCUAUAUCAAAUACAACUAAUUUGUCCAGGAACAUAGAAAGAGAAAAGGGCUGGGGUGAGAACUGUGGUGUACCUUCACUCAUUUCUUUCUAUUGCUUAAGUGCUUUCUAACUUGUAUUGCUGAUUAAUUAAGCGAAAGCAAAUAAGAUUUUCUUGUGCUC